AUGUGUAAGGAAAGACGUAUAGUGUGUGAGUCAAGCAACAAGAUCAGAGUAUCGCCAUACCCGCUUCGAUCUACUAGGACCAACAAACUCAAAGCAAUUGAGUCACCUAUUGAUGAGUCAAAUUGGGAAGAUGUGCGGUGUAUGAUCUGCAUGGAACCGCCACACGAAGCUGUGCUUUUGACAUGCUCGUCCUCACUCAAUGGAUGUCGUCCUUACAUGUGCGGCACGAGUUUUCGUCACUCCAACUGUUUCAAACAGUUUUGCAGAAACAACAGAAAAAAGCGCUCAAACACCAAGACCUUACAUUGCCCUCUUUGUAGAGGAGAAGUCUUGGAGACGAAAAAGGCUUCGAAGACUGCAAGAAGAUUCAUGAAUGCUAAACCGAGGUCUUGCCCUGUGGAUGGCUGUGAAUUUUCAGGGACAUAUGCUCACCUUAAUAAGCACUUGAAAACUGAGCAUCAGGGUCUUGUCCCAGCAAAGGUCGAUCCACAAAGGCAAAGUAGGUGGGAAAUGUUGGUAAGACAUGCUGAAUAUGUUAAUCUCAUGUCUGCAGCUGGGAUUCCGCAUAUGUCUGGGGUUGUGCAUCAUCAACUUCCCAACAAUCAUCAUCUUCCGAUGUUUCAGGUGGGCUUUAGUGGAACCAUGCAAAAUUUGGAUGGUCCGAGUAAUGUAAGUAACGGAUUUGGUCCCGUCAACUACCCCCCAGUUUUUGUACCCAGACUGCAGUUUCGACCAGUGUUUGACAUGUAUCGUGAUAGGAUUCCAUGA